AUGGCUUCUGGAUUUUCACCUACACCACGAAAGGAGGGAACAUGGACGAAGCUUGUGAUAUUUAUUGCGCUAUACUUGCUACUCCUCGAGUCUAUAUUGGAAUGCGUGCUCGUGCUCUACCUUUACGGUAAUGGCCAGGUUGACUCGAAAAUGACUCUGAGUGUUGUACUUGCACUUAUCGCAUCUUUUCUCUCGGUACCGCUUGUCAGCCUUCAAAGCCUGGUUGCUUGGCAAUACAACAACAUUGGUGGAUUUGGAACCCAAAAGACUAUUCUGCAUAAUGUAUGCACAUACGUGCUGCGCUUGGAUCUUAUGCUUUGGCUAGCUACAAGUAUAGCUGGUCUAGUGGUCGCUGCACAACAGGUGUACUGUCUUCCGGAAGGGACAGACGGAUCCUUCUGGAGAGUUGGUAAAAGCUGUGCCUUCCACCGAGCAUCUGUGAUUGUGGCUGUGAUUUCAAUGGUCACUGUGUGCACUAUGUACUGUGCAAGGGAGCUUUGCGAUCGACCAUAUGAUGUAUCACUUCUUGGUAUCUACAAGCGCCAGAAGGUUCUCAGAGACGGCAGUAUCGUCUCCGGCAAUAGCUGGGAUAGUGAGGAAACGCUCAAGAACGAGAUUCUCUAUCUUUGCCGCCAACACGAUGGAACUGGAGCCGGGGAGUUCUGGUCUGCGGACCCAAUCGCCAACAGAGUCAUCUGCCAUCCCAGCGUCCGGCAUCCUGCUCCCGUCCGUCUGCGGCCUCAACUCCGAGUCAACACUGAAUCCGGUUCAACAUAUGGAGAAAUUAUGUCUGGAACGACGAUUUCGCCAGAGGACACUCAACAUCGGAUCUCACCCGGAUCACAAAGCGUGGCUAGCGAGUUCUAUCCCAUCUCGAGCACAUCUACUACUAUGUUGAGUACGCAGACAACCAACGAGUUACGCGCUCUUCUCUCUGAUGCGUUUGCCCCCAAACUACCGGCCAUUCCCCAGGAACACACCAGCCAUAAGAGAGGAAAGUCAUCACUCUCUUCUAUCAGACGUCUUCUUCCAAAGUCUUUCCCAUUGUCUCUUCCACUAUCAGAGGAUCCUCAAAUCCAAGCCCUCGCAGACCCCAACACCGCAUCAGACGUCGAGAAACAGGUUGUGACACCAAAUAGCAUGCCUAAGGGUAUCCCUCAAUCGACAACCUACCAACUUGUCGCAAACGGCAACACUCCAAACGCCUCUUCAGCAUCCCUCCCGCAAAGCCCUGCCAACACCCAGCCCAAAUUCAACCUAGCACAGGAAGGCCACACCCGAACAAUGACAAUGAACUCCGCCGACGCCCCAGAAGUAGUCCCAACAACCCCGUCCUCCCCACCAAAAGUGCGCCGCUCCCAAACAGCAUACGCCAUACCGGAAACGCGCUCAAUCCACCACCCACACCACCCAAACUACAUCCCACGCCCCCCUUCUCAACCACAACCACGAGCAUACUCCCAGUCCCGCCGACAAGCUCCCGGUCCAAAAAUACACCCAGACUCAAGACGCAGGACCAUGCGACCCCAACAGAACAUCAUCCACUAUCCCUCCCGCAGCUCAUCCUACCACUUCGACCCAAACUACGUCCCACGCCACUCGCAGAGCCAGUACAACCCCCACUCCAACCCCCACGCUAGCAGCACCAGCCAGUACGGACACCAGUCAUCGCGCUGGGCCAACCAGCGCCGCUACGGCUCAUCAGCCCGGUCCAUGCCGGCGCCGAUCCCCCGCCGCAGCGACGUCGAAAUAAUCUACCCCAGCACGCGUCGCCCGCGCAGCAGUCUCCCUUCCGGCGCGAGUGGUCCGCUCAGCUGUAUCUUGGAGACGACUGACCCCAAUGCGUCCGGGGAUAAUCACAGGCCUGUCUCGGCUGCUUACUCUGAGUUGCCGUCGAAUUCCAUUGAUCAGACGAAAUACCGGGGUGCGAAUCGGACGAGUUUGGGCUUCUAUUGA